UGAAGUGCACUGUGUUACGGGCGAGCCCGCUAACGCGGCCAACCGAUAACCUUUAUUUUUCUUUACUCGUGAAUGAAAUAAUCCAAACUGGUCGCAAAAAAAAAUCAACCGAGCGCAUUACCUCGUGGAGUCCGCCAAGGCCAGACGUGGGCGCCUGUGUCUCUCAGGUUGUUCGCUUGGCACCAUGAACUUCAAUAUGGGGAGAGGGCCCUAUGAGGGCAUUGGAGGCAGACCCGGAGAGAGGGAGAGGUUUUCACAGGCCCAGGGGCAAGGUGGCCAGUACUGGCAGCCACCCGACACCUAUCAGCAACAGCAGCAGCAGCAGCAACUGGCGGGGAGCCAAAGUCCUGCCGACGAGUUGUGGCAGUCAGGCGCCACGAGCGGCACGCUGCAGUCGAAUUUCUGGCCGGGGGACGGCACGAGAAACUGGGAUGGCGAAUUCCCGCGCGUGCCGCCCCCCGGGGGAUACGGGGCACCCGCCAACCCCAGCCAGGUGGCCGAUUUCCGUGCGCCUAUUGCCGGCCACCGCUCAAUGGAUCCGCUGGGUCAGAGGGGACCCCGAGACAACGUUCGAGGCUACUGGGACGACUACCGCCCCCCUGGGGAGUUUCACGAGGCCCGCGAAAGCGGCGCUGGCCUGCUGUGCGACGCCAGGGAAGGCUACCGGGCAGACGUCGGGGCUGCUGCGGCGGGAGUAGAGGCGGGGAGGAUACCCUUUGGCCAAAGCGAGUACGGGGACCAGAGGGCCAUGGCUGGAUUCACCCCCAGCGGUUACAGAAUCUCGCUGCCGCCCCCACCAGAAAAUGUCACGGGUGCUCUCUUCACCCUGGAGCAGAGGGGCGCUGUGCCAGCGGAGGGCAUCGGCAGUUUCGUGCCGCCCGUGCCUCUGAAUGAAACCGCUUUUAAGGCGAAGGAAGAGCCCGGCAAAGACCGCGACACGCGUCUGGAGGGCGGCUUUAGGAGUGGCGGCGGCGGUGGCGGCGGUGGUAGCGGCUAUGGAGAGUCACUAUCGCGCAGGAGGGACUACUAUUCUUCGGACCGCCGGGACCGCCCGGAGCGAAGGGACAGGCAGGAUCGCGAUAGUCGCAGUGACAGUCGCCGCGAUAGUCGCAGCGAUAGCCGCGGCGAUAUUCGCGGUGACAGUCGCGGCGACAAUCGCGGUGACAGUCGCGGCAACAUUCGUGGUGAUAAUCGCAGUGAUAAUCGCGGUGAUAAUCGCAGUGAUAAUCGCGGUGAUAAUCGCGGUGAUAUUCGGGGCGAUAGUCGUGGGAAUUUUCGUGGCGAUAGUCGCGGUGAUAAUCGCAGUGAUAGUCGUGGUGACUGUCGUAGCGAUGGUCCCGGCGAUAAUCGCGGCGAUGGUCGCGGCGAUGUUCGCGGCGAUAUUCGUGGCGAUAUUCGUGGCGACAAUCACGGUGAUAUUCGAGGCGAUAGUCGCGGCGAAAGUCGAGGCGAUAAUCGCGGCGAAAGUCGAGGCGAUAAUCGCGGCGAAAGUCGAGGCGAUAAUCGCGGCGAAAGUCGAGGCGAUAGUCGCGGUGACUGUCGCAGUGAUAGUCGUGGCGAUCACGAUUUUCGAGACGUUGACUACCGAGCGAGGCUGUCGCCCGGCAGCAACAGGGCAGAUGCGAGCGGGAAGCAGAGCGCGCGGUUGGAAGAUGACGCCCUGGCCGCCAGCCAGCACCGGCGCGACAAGACCAACAGAUGGGAGCGCGUUAGCCUCGACGACGUCCCGUCGGGUAGGUACCGCGCGCAGGACCGCGACCCCGGCGAGCCGGAGCUCGAAAACGACCCCGUCGGGGUGUCGGGUCCCGCGGUCAUUCUGCGCGACAUUCCCCAUGACGUGGAGCAGGAGGAGAUUCGCGCCUUCCUGAAGACGUUCAAUGGCCCCGUGCGGAGUGUCAGGAUCUUCAAAAAAUUCCGAGGUUGGAGCCGCAGUUUCGCCAUCGUGGAUUUUAUACACUUACACGACGCUUCAAGAUGGAUGGAGGCCUAUCAGUUCCACCUGCUGCUGCGAGGACAGAGAGUGGCGCUCGAACCCUGCCAAAGCAACCUGUGGCGUUGCCCGACGUGUCAAGGGAAGAACUUCUGGCAACACAGCUGGUGCUUGCGGUGUCAGCACUCCAGAGAAGAAAAAUCUCACCCACCCCAGCCGGCUAACGAACCCGACUUGGAGAACGCCAACAAAACCUUGAUUCUGCAUAACUUGAGCGCCACGGCGACGCUGGAGGAGAUUGUGGAGGCCCUGGCGCCGCUCGUCAUCCUGUCGGGAGACAACCUGCGCCUCAUCAAGCAGAAGGGCACUCGCCUGAACCGCGGCUUCGCCUUCCUCGAGAUGCCUUCCACGCUGGAGGCGAUCCAGCUGUUCCAGACCAUCGAGGGUCAGGAGUGCCCCAUCUUGGUGCACGGCAAGAGGAUCCAUGCCGACUUUGCCAAGGCCACCAGUAGUCAGGAGCCGUUUGACUUCAACAGAGCGACGGCCGCGACCAAGGGCAGCGCUGCCAUAGCUGCUGCCAGGUGGUCCUCGUCACAGCCCAGCCAAGGCUCCGAGGAGUGGAACGCCUGGUCCAGUUACUACCAGCAGAACGGACAGCAGGGCGGGGGGGAGGUUUACAUGCAGGACUACAGCCAGUACUACCAGCAGGCAGAGGCGCUCAACUCAGCCAUCGGGGCUGCUGCUGCUGCCGCUCCUUCCGCCGCUGCCGCCACCACCACCGCUGCAGUGGCAGCAGCGGCGAUAGCAGCGGCAGGACUGGCGACGACGAAGAAGGCGGAAGUGGAGGUCCCCGCUGCCCAGCCGGCGCUAGUCGAGGCCUCCCAGCAGAAAGACGCAGAGGCGAUGCCGACUGAGCCUCAAAGUGCCGACGCAUCAGUGACACAGGAUGGUGACGAUGCCUUUUCGAUGCCCGACGCAUCGUCCUUCCUGUACGACAAGACGUCGGGCUACUACUACGACCCACAGUCCGGCCUCUACUACGACCCAAAGUCACAGUACUUCUACAAUGCCGAGAAGCAGCAGUACAUGUACUGGGACCCCGAGACCAAGCAGUACCUCCCAGCACCGACCGCGGACGACAGCAAUCCCCCCGGGGGGUCACAGGAGGCCGACGGUGGUGACGGUGGUGGUGACGGUGGUGGCGGUGGUGGUGGCGGUGCCGGCGGUGGUGAGGAGUCAACGGCGGUGAGUCAGUCGUCCGACGAGAGCAAGAUGAUGCCACCGCCGCCACCGCCCGCACCGACGCCGUCCACGGGCAGAGACGCCGGUGGAGAGAGGGAGAGGAAGAUGAUGAAGCCUAAGACGAGGCUUGCUCAGCAGGUGAGCAGGAAGAUCGCCAAGGACAUGGAGCGCUGGGCGAAGACGCUCAACCGCAACAAGCAGCAGCCGCCCAGGGACCUGCCGCUGCCGUGCCACCCUCCCCCUCCCGCCGGUCCCGGCCAUUCCUCGCCCCCGAGCCAGCCGCUGGGAGGACGCGGUGUUGGCGGCGGCGGUGGCGGCGGUGACGUCGCCCGCAAGAGGGAGGCGGCCGCUGCAGACGCCGGCUUCUCGCUCCUCGAGAAACUGAACAUGCAGAAGCCCAGGACGCCGUUGGGGCAGGAGCGCGCGGAGCGCUCGCUGGAGCUGAAGAGGAGCGACUCCAGGAGGCCGGAGAAGCGGAAGGCCAGUCCCCCUGCUCCCGUGGGUCUCGUGUCGUAUGGCGGGGACAGCGACAGCGAGGAGGAGCCCACGCCGGCCACAGUCACCGCCGUCGUGGCUGCGCAGACGACGCGCAGGGACGAGAAGCUCACCGAUUGGCAGAAGCUGGCGUGCCUGCUGUGCCGGCGCCAGUUCCCCACCAAGGAGGCGCUCAUCCGUCACCAGCAGCUGUCCGACCUGCAUAAGCAAAACUUGGAGAUCCACAGGAGAGCCAAGCUGUCCACCAAGGAGCUGGAGGAGCUGGAGAGGAGGGAGAGGGAGAUCACCGUGGAGAUGCUGAAGCAGCGGGGAGGGACGAUGUCGAGGGAGAUGGAGGACAAGGAGUCCAAGUAUAGGGACCGUGCGGCCGAGCGGAGGGUGAAAUUCAAGGCCCCCACACCCCCGGAGCCCAAGAGGAAAUACUUGCAGGCACCGACCAUAGACUACGAGCAGCCGACAAAGCACGGUAUCGGAAGCAGCAACAUCGGCUCCAAGAUGCUGCAGGCCAUGGGCUGGCGGGAGGGCAUGGGCCUGGGCCAGAAGAGACAGGGCCGCACGACCCCCGUGGAGGUGACUCAGCGACCCCAGGGCUCGGGCCUGGGCGUCCGCGGCAGCAACUACGGCAUGUCAUCCGAGUCGUACAAGGCCCACGUGCUCAAGACCACGGCCGCCCGCUUCAAGGAGCUUGACUAGCGAGCCCCCCUUCCCCGCUGGCGCCGUCUCCGUCGCUGGCGUAGUGAACCGGCACGCGAGGCUUGGCGUGACCCGCCAUGGCUUGGCGUGACCCGCCAUGACUUGGCGUGACCCGCCAUGACUUGGCGUGACCGUGGUCCGCGCGUGAUCCUGCGACCCCGCGACCCCACGACCUCACGACCCCGCGCUUUGGAGGAUAACGAGGGGUCCGGCGCGCCACGUUAAGAGAUUCGCAAAACUCUCUGAACCGCUCGCCCUCCGGCCCCCCACAUCCACCGCCCCCCAACCCACCUCCGCCCACCUCUCCCGUCAGGGCUACCUGCUGGCUGUCUAGGAGGCCAGCCGAAGUGCCCCUAUCCCAUCGUGAAGUUUACGCCGUUCGUUCGUCGUCGCGAUGGUCCGAUGGUGGCCGCGUUUGCCGUCCAGCCGCUGGAAGCAGAGCUCUGCAGCUGGGGCCGCCGCGUGACCGCGUGCGCGUGAGGGCGGGGUUGUUGUAUACACGCGCGUGUGUGCAUGCGUGUGAGAGCGGGGUUGCUGUGUAGUGUGUUCCGUGCGAGUGUGCACGCGGCUAUUCCGCAGACCUUGAUCAUGUAAUUAACCUUCGUAAAAGCUUGACGUCAUUGCUUCGGCACGGGCUGGCGAUUAAUUCAUCACCGCGAUGCGGGCAUUCGGGGACCGUACCCGAGUAAAUUUUUUUUUUAAAGCGAA